AUGCGGCAAUUUUUUCCUGAUUGGUUUAAUGGUCGUAAGUGGUUGGAGUAUAGCAUAACAAAAGAUGCUGCAUUUUGUUUGUGUUGCUAUUUGUUUAAAAAUGAAUGUGAAAGUCGUGGAUAUGUGGUUGAUGCUGCUUUCACAAAGACUGGCUAUAGAGCUUGGAACAAAGCUACUGAAAGAUUUAGAGCUCAUGUUGGAGAUAUAAAUAGCAUCCACAACAAGUGUUUCAACAAGAUGCUUGAUUUGAUGAAUCAAUCACAGUCAAUACGCACUUCCUUUGAUAAAAAGUCCCAGAAAGAAAAAAAAUUUCUCUUGAAAUUAGGAUUAUCAUUCCGUGGACAUGAUGAGAGUCGAUCUUCUUCAAAUAGAGGUAUUUUUCUUGAACUUUUGCAAUGGUAUGGAGAUAUUAAUGAAGAUGUUGGAAGCAUUAUUUUAGAAAAAGCUCCAAAAAAUGAAAUGAUGUGUUCUCCAAGUAUUCAAAAGGAUAUUGUUGAUUCUUGUGCUAAGGAAACAAUCAAAUCUAUUCUUGAAGAUUUAGAUGGGGAUUAUUUUGGGAUACUAGUCGAUGAAUCAAAGGAUGUAUCACACAAGGAGCAAAUGGCACUUGUUUUGAGAUAUGUUAACAAAGAAGGAGAAGUGAUAGAGCGAUUUGUUGGUAUUAUUCAUGUUAGUGAUACAUCUGCUUGUUCAUUAAAGGAAGCAAUAUACUCUUUUCUUUCAGAUCACUCAUUAAGUCCAUCCCAAAUACGUGGGCAAGGUUAUGAUGGAGCUAGCAAUAUGCAAGGACAUCUAAAUGGUCUUAAAACUUUGAUUUUAAAUGAGACUCCAUCGACAUAUUGCAUUCAUUGUUUUGCCCACCAAUUGCAGUUAACACUAGUGGCUCUUGCAAAGAAGGAUUCAAAUGUAGAUGACUUUUUUUGCUUAGUUACUAAUGUGUUAAAUAUUGUUGGAGCAUCUUUUAAGCGCAGGGAUUUACUUCGGAAACACCAAGCUGAACAGUUAGAGGAGUUGCUCAUAUCAGGGGAAGUGCAUACUGGGCGAGGAUUAAAUCAAGAACGUGGGCUUCAGCGGCCAGGUGAUACUCGUUGGGGUUCUCAUUAUAGAACAUUAGAUAAUCUUAUUGUUCUAUUUCCAUCAGUUAUUCAUGUGCUUGAAUUUACUGGAUGCGAGUGUCCAAACUAUACUGAUAGACUUUUUGCUAAAACUCUUGUGGAUACGAUUAAGAAAUUUGAUUUUUCCUUUAUGCUACACCUGAUGUGGAAAGUUCAUAUGAUGACAAAUGAAUUGAGCUCCUCAUUGCAAAUGAUGGAUCAAGAUAUUGUCAAUGCUAUGGGAUUUCUUGCUCUUACAAAGCAAAGAUUACAAAAUAUGAGGGAUAAUGAAUUCGAAUCAUUAAUGGAUGAUGUCUCUUCUUUUUGUGAUAAACAUGAUAUAGUCAUUCCGGAGAUGGAUGCUAGCUACUUUCUUGGGAAGUCAAAGCGUAAAGCUCUUGAUUUGCAUCUUCAAGAGCUUAAUAAUCGUUUUGAUGCUGUGAGUACUGACUUACUUCUCGGUAUGGCUAGUUUGAAUCCAGUUAAUUCAUUUGGUAGUUUUGAUAAGGGCAAGAUAAUGAGGUUGACUGAAUAUUAUAUGAAUGAGUUUGACAACAACAAGCUUCGGGAUCUCAGUUUUCAGCUUGAUAGCUUUAUAGUUUAUGUCUGUGGUUCUGACAAGAGGUUCUUCAACUUGAAAGGAAUUAGUGAUCUUGCUAAAGUAUUGGUCAAGUCAGAUUUGCAUCAAAUUUGGCCACUUGUUUAUUUGCUUAUCAAGUUGACUCUCAUUCUUCCCGUUGCUACUGCUUCUGUGGAACGAGCUUUCUUUUCCAUGAAAUACAAUACGUCUUCAAUCGACACCAGUCUCAGCCUCAGCUGCAUCAGAACCACCAUUUUGUUGCUGACCUCCCUUCGCACCAUCCCAAUUUCCAUUCUCCCCAUUAUCGUCCUGAUUUUGGGUGGGUCUUAUCGUUCUGGAGAACUCGUUCCACGACCCAUAGCCAUUACCAGCCCAGCAUUUGCCUCAAUUGGUUACCAAGACGGAGCCUUUUCCCGUUGCUGUUUUAGCUGUGAGCAGACUACACAGAAUCCUAAAAGAGCAAAAAUUGAGGAGGAAUCUGUUCCAGUUGUGAGAAUAUCAGAAGCACUUGCAAACUUUUUGGGUAUUUCAGAAAGUGAGAUGUCACAAGCAGAGGUUCUGAGGCAGUUUCAUAAUUAG